AUAAGCGGCGCCUUUCAACCUGUCAGGCCGCCUUCCCCUUCAUCCUCGGCUUCCAGAGCAGCCCCGAGCGGGGUUGUCACACUAAAUUGCCGCCUCCUCGCUUCUCUGGGCCCAAGUCGCCGCGCGAGAAGGCCGGGACUCCCAACGGGUCGGCCCCAAACGAGGUGAAAGGGGAGAGGGCUUUGGGCCAGAACUGAGCAGCAGGGCUUCUCCCCCCACCCAAAAAAGAAAAUAAUUGGGGUGCAACCGAGAUUCUUUGCAGAACAGCUGGUGAGGAAGAAGUCUCUCUUGACCUCCUUUCAGAAGACUUUGGGAUGGAUGCCCUUCAAAUUCAGGAAGAGCAAGUAGAAAGAAACCUGUGCGGAAGGCAGUUAUCAGGAACGCUGUCUACCGGCCACUGGACUGGAUGAAUCGGCAUCUGAAGGACAACAGAUUCUGGUUUGCCUGACAACUGGAGCUCAUGUGUUCAGUGUCCUUUGAUUAUGUCAAUCCUUUGUGUGGGAAACCCUCUAAUGCUCAGUACUGCAACCCAGGCUGACUUUUAUAGCCACAGAGGAAAUUGUAUCAAAUUUGCUCUCUUCAGAAAAUUAUUUCUCUCCGUUUGCCUUCGCUCACUGCUUGAAACACAGCUGGACUGCGUAGUGACCAUCGCUCCAAGGGCUGGAAGUUAACCCCCCAAAAGGUGUUGCUAUGGGAUGAUUCUUCAUUUAGGAUAGCAACAGAGACUCUUUCACUUUCGAAGUUGUAAUCUAAGAACAGCCUUGACUUUGGUCUUCAGCGCACGGUUCUCAGUGCGUCAUAACCCUGAACGCUCCCGUACGUACACCUGUGGCCUAAAGCGAUGGAAACCAUGCCUUGAGAGUAGCUGCAACGAACGCAUAGCCAUGACGGAACCCCACCGGGUCCAACUCACCUCUUUAUCAGGCCCACUGGGUACCCCUUUGCUGAAAAAACCUCGGUGGGAGGAUGUCGCCAAUCCAGAGCAGCCUCCAGAGUCUGAGCCAGCAGCUGCAGCCGUACGCAUCGCCCUCUCCCUUUUCGAGCCAGAUCACAAGCGCUGCCCGGAAUUCUUUUACCCAGAACUGCUAAAGAUGACACGAGGCAAAGCGAAAAGCAGUUCUGUGGGAGAAAAGAAAAAAGACUUUGCUGAUCCCUUCAACGACGAAGAGAAGGAGAAGCACAAAGCAGAAGCCCUUACCAGGAAGUUUGAAGAGAAAUAUGGUGGAAAGAAGCGCAGGAAAGACCGUUUUCAGGAUUUGAUUGACAUGGGACAAGGAUAUGAUGAAUCAGAUUCUUUCAUUGAUAAUUCUGAAGCCUAUGAUGAGCUUGUUCCAGCAUCUCUAACAACCAAAUAUGGAGGCUUCUACAUCAACUCUGGAACUCUGCAGUUCCGACAAGCUUCCGAGUCUGAGGAUGACUAUAUCAAGGAGAAAAAGAAGAAGUCUCCUAAGAAGCGGAAAUUGAAAGAGGGAGGUGAGAAGGUGAAGAAAAAGAAGAAAGAUGACAAUUACGAGAAAGAGAAGAAAUCGAAAAAAUCGAAAUUUCCUAAAACUGGUUUCACAGCUCUGAAUGCCAGCAAAGAGAAGAAGAAGAAGAAAUACUCAGGGGCCUUGAGCGUCAAGGAGAUGCUGAAGAAAUUCCAGAAGGAAAAGGAUGCCAAGAAGCAGAGGGACGAUGAACCCAAACUUAGCAUCCCCUCGUUGGCCGAAACCCCAGCUCAGCGGGAAGCGGAGUCUGUGCCCGACCCCCUCCUCUCUCUCUUCGGUCACACGAGUGACAACGAACUCCUUCAGGCAGCCACAGCCAUGGACUCCCUGACCGACCUGGACCUGGAGCAGCUUCUGAACGAAUCUCCGGAGGAGAGCCCUUUCCUGGAGAUGGAGAAUGGGAGCGAUCCCCUGGGAGCAGGCCUGGAACCGGACCUCAAGCAGGUCCCUCCCUCCCUUCCCGAGGGGCUUCCAGAACCCCUGAUGAAGCGCGUGGAGGAGCUCACUCAGGAUGCUGGAAGAGGAGAAGGACAAGGAGCAAAGAGAUCGGAUUUGUUCGGAGGAUGAGGAUGAGGACGAUAAAGGAGGAAAGAGAAUCAUGGGACCUCGGAAGAAGUUUCAGUGGAAUGACGAAAUCAGGGAUUUGCUCUGCCAAGGUGUGAAGAUGAAACUGGAUGGGUAUGAUGUGGAGAAGAACAAAGCUCAGUCCAUGGAAGACUGUGUAAAAACAUUCCUAGAUGCAGAAGUCAAACCUCUUUGGCCAAAGGGAUGGAUGCAGGCCAGGACAUUGUUCAAAGAGAGCAGAAAAGUGCACAGUCAUCUCACUUCAAUUCCGUGAGUAUUUCUUACAUUGCCAGGACAGAAAUGGGUAUCAGGAGUGAAAGACGAGGUCCAGACAUGAAAAUACAAUUAAACCGAUCUGCUUAAAAUCUUGGUUCAAAGACUGUGCACAAGAACCUUCUCAACUAACAGCUAGCACUUACUUGGAGUUAGAGAAGGCUCAAUAGGACUUAAAGGACGCUGAACAUUGUAGCUAUGUAGGGAUACUAGACUAAUUCCUUUUUUUAACUCCGCCCCACAUUCUGCCUUCCUUCUCCAACAGUGCGACUCCCUCACUGCCUACCAAGUUUAAUUGUUGUCAUUCAAAACGCAACCGUCUGUCAUGCUGUUGCUUAA